UAACAUAGACGUAGCGAUUGACAAAGUUUUAACUGAUUUCAAAAUGUACACCCUCUAAGCUGAACAAAGGUCAAUUUUGGACUGUUUAAUAGAGAAGAAAGACUGUAUGGCCAUACUCCCGACCGGAUUUGGAAAAUUGCUUCCCUACCAAAUGCUUGUUUCAGUCCGCAGGGAACUUGAAAAGGAAACUUCCUCAGACGAUGUUGGAAAAGUGAUCGUUUGUUCACCUCUAGUAGCACUGAUGGCAGACCAAGUGGACAGAAUUAAUGCAGUACCAAAUGUGACUGCGGCUUAUAGGGGUGCCUGCAGUAAUGGAGAUGAUGAUAUUUUGAAAGGCAAAUUUGAUUAUUUGUUUGCCUCACCAGAAACACUAAUCAGUGACAAAAAAUGGAGAAUGACAUUACAGCGGAUGAAUGUGUCUUUGAUUGUAGAAGACGAUUUUCACACCAUAUGCACAUAG